AUGUCGACCGCCUCCACUGAACAUACGGAUACACCGUUUGGCCAACCCGCGUCAGGGUCGAAACGCGGCAGCCAUAGUCGUCAGGCACCGAGCAUGGACGAGCACAUGGAUGGCAAAAAACACCAAAGAAUUGUCUUGGCCGACCCCGUCGCGCUACUAUAUUUGGAAGAGGACCCAUCCACUACAGUUCUGCAUCGUCGCACGCGUCUACAAGGAUACGAGAUCUAUAUUGUCGAGCAAUGGGCGUGCUCGCGCACCCACCCGACUCUAAUCAUUUGCACCUAUACCGGCGACCCUUCGCACAGAAUAACCGUCGGAGUAUUGAGUGUUCCUACAGAUAGGGAUAGUUGGUCGCCCCGCCUUAAAUUAUAUUUUAGUGCCGUGCAACAAUACCACGCGGCAUCCCGAGAGACACCACUAGGAACCUUGAUGGUCACAAAUCUGAGCGCUUUCCCUUCUGCACUCACCGUCAUUGCGAUUCCGGACGGAGAUUUGUACCGGGCAAGCGAGCGCGUUCCUCUUUACGCAGCGGUCAUCGAACUGGUGAAACAAUGCCAGAUUGCGCUCACUAUUUUUGACAAACUUGCCCCAGAGUACGUUGAUGGCCUGCUAUGUGAUGUCACGGAAAAGGCUAUAGGCGACUGGUGGGCAGAUAUCGGCACCGACCUCUAUAAUAUAGAGCCUAGCGACGGGAUCCUUGGAGCUACAACAGUUGCGGCAAUCCUUGGCGCGUUGAUGGGAGCACGGCAUCGACUGAAUGCUGUCGGAGCCCCGGUUCCCAAAGAUGUCUUUGAUGUGUCGGGUUUGAAACGCGGAAUCAGCCACUUUCAAAAGUCACAGAAACUGGAACGUACGCGGCGAUUAGAUCGCAACACUCUUGACCGACUUCACCGGGCAAGUCAAAAGUCAACAAAUUCUGAACGCUGGACAGGUGCUGUGAAGUCAACUGUCGCUGAACUUAGCGGCAAAGGAGGCGAGAUGGUCAUGGGCAUGGUGGGACGCGAUAGGGGUACUAUUUCCGAUAUCGAGACACUAGAUCUGGAACGUUUUGCGCAGUUGGCCACUGGCGAGAGGGCUCGAUGGUUAUGGCAGGGCAAGCCUUAUAAGAGCGGAUUUAGUUACGACCUCGAGACCGCUUCCAGGACAGACGAUCUUGUUUUUACCAAGGAUGACCAUGGCGGCUAUGUGUGGAAACGACACAACGACUCUGACUUGGCCGUCGACCGAGUCACCCAGGAUCAAGACAGCGAUAGAAGGGUCCACGAUUCUACCUUGGGAAUAGAAGACAAAGACCAGAACUUGGGACGAAUUGUUUCACGAAGUCUCACAGAGAAAGUAUCAGAUGCUCGUGCCGGUUUUGGAAGGUUUAAAGAUGCUGUUGGCCUCCCAGGGCUUCGCUCUCAUCACCAACAAGGACACAAUCGUUACAAACCCAGUAAAGAAGAAAACAGCAUUGACGCGGACGCGUACAACAGCGGCGGGGAGAGCGAACCUGACCAAGGUGUUGCAAGACUUAGCCUAGAAGCCAGGCCUAUGGCUUCGGGUAGUGUUGAUUCUUCCCUCGACAAUCCCGACCUGCCUAUGUACAAGAUCGAAACGUCGUCGCCAGCAUCACAGUCGCAAAAGUUAACACCAGAUCCCCCCGAAAUACACAUUCAAACAGAAUCUCUUCCAGAGGAGGCACUGGAACCACCUGGUCGACCUCAGAAUGGGCGCCCAGAAACAGUCCACGAAGAGAGCGAGAACGACCUAGAACUAGCAAAAACACGGUCAACAGACGCUGGUAGCAACAACGAUAUCCCCGAUGGCCUGGCAUUUAAAAGUCUUCGCCGGUCGCAGAGUUUCCCUGACGAGAUACUUGGCGCCCCUAUAUCAUCACGCGGGAGUCGAUGGCCUCGUCAUUUGUCCUUUAGCACGGUGGAAGAAGUUGUCCUUGUCUGGGAGGGUUUCAAAAUUAUGAAAUCUGCUUCUGACGAUAAGACGACCUCGAAUCUGGAGCAAGCCCUCCUUCGAGAAAAUGUCUUACUGUCAGAUGCACAGAUUUUUAAUUCCCGAGUUUUGGAACUGACUUCGAAAACGGUACCGUGGGUAGAAGAGCAAGUUGCUUCGGUUGAGCGCAUGCACCAAACCGGUACUACUUUACAGGGCGAGCUAAGCUAUCUUUAUCCAGAACAUCUCGAAGAAGCUCGAGUACUGCGCGAACGCAUCAACCAGCUACUCGACGACGAAAGCUCGCGCAUGACCGAGGAAGUCAAAAAGGUCGAGCUGCUAGGCGCCAAACUCGACUACGAGCUGAAUGUUCUCGAGUCCAAAGUCGAAGAUGUCGAAGACGGCCUGCAAGACUUUGAGCGCAAUGUUUCCGAGAUCGAGGGGCGCAUCAAGGACUUGGUCAAGGGGGAGCGAAUGAAUGACACGUCCUGGUCUUCCUGGUUUGGCAGGAAGUUUGGUCAUAUGUAUAUCUAG